GGACGUCAAAAUGUCAACGUUGCAGCAUGCUCAUCGGAAAAGUUGAGCUAGCUUGUGACCUAGUUAGCUAUAGCUAGAAACAAGGCAACUACCAACAGGACGCAGUUAGAGAACGACGGUUGUGGGGAAGCACACACGCACAAAACACCCUGCUGAAAUAUUUACUUCAGGCUGUGUACACUCACCGAAUGAAGGGUAGCUUUGAACUUCAAAGACGCUCGGUGACCAAAGAUUCACAAACAAAAAAAGCCUUUGGCCAUGUCAGGACAGAGGAAAGGAGCCGCAGCAGCAGCACGGCUACCCAAGUGUGCCUUCUGCAGAACCAACCGGGACAAGGAGUGUGGGCAGCUGCUGGUGUCUGACAGCCAGAAGGUGGCAGCCCACCAUAAGUGCAUGCUUUUCUCUUCAGCCCUCGUCACAUCACAUUCAGACAGUGAAAACAUCGGAGGAUUUUCCAUUGAGGAUGUGAAAAAAGAGAUCAAGAGGGGAAAUAAACUGAUGUGUUCUUCUUGUCACCGACCGGGUGCGACCAUCGGCUGCGAUGUGAAGACGUGCCGGAGGACGUAUCACUAUUACUGUGCUGUUAAGGACAAAGCCCAGAUCAAAGAGAAUCCCUCACAAGGGAUUUACCUGUAA